CAGGCUGGGACUGCUCACACUCAGUGGGCUGAGUGGCCGGAGCCUCCGGAGUGUCUCGGCACACCCAGGGAUCAAGGGCGAUUGUCUUCCGCCGGUUUGUGAAACAGACAAGAGAGAUGCCUCAGGAGCAGUACACACACCACCGGAGCACCAUGCCCGGCUCUGAGGGGCCACAAGUAUACAAAGUGGGGAUUUACGGCUGGCGGAAAAGAUGCCUGUAUUUCUUCGUCCUCCUCCUCAUGAUUUUAAUACUGGUGAACUUGGCCAUGACCAUCUGGAUUCUGAAAGUCAUGAACUUCACAAUUGAUGGAAUGGGAAACUUGAGGAUCACAGAAAAAGGUCUCAGACUAGAAGGAGACUCAGAAUUCUUACAACCUCUCUACGCCAAAGAAAUCCGGUCCCGACCAGGUAAUGCCCUGUACUUCAAAUCUGCCAGAAAUGUUACAGUGAACAUUCUCAAUGACCAGACUAAAGUGCUAACUCAGCUAAUAACAGGUCCAAAAGCAGUAGAGGCUUAUGGCAAAAAGUUCGAGGUAAAAACCGUUUCUGGAAAAUUGCUUUUCUCUGCAGAUGACAACGAAGUAGUAGUAGGAGCUGAAAGAUUAAGAGUUUUAGGAGCGGAGGGCACAGUGUUCCCUAAAUCUAUAGAAACACCUAAUGUCAGGGCAGACCCCUUCAAGGAACUAAGGUUGGAGUCUCCGACCCGGUCUCUGGUGAUGGAGGCCCCAAAAGGAGUAGAAAUCAAUGCAGAGGCUGGCAACAUGGAAGCCACGUGCAGAACAGAGCUGAGACUGGAGUCCAAAGAUGGAGAGAUUAAGUUAGAUGCUGCGAAAAUCAAACUACCUAGACUGCCUCACGGAUCCUACACGCCUACAGGAACGAGGCAGAAAGUCUUCGAGAUCUGCGUCUGCGCCAACGGGAGAUUAUUCCUGUCCCAGGCAGGAACUGGGUCCACUUGUCACAUAAACACAAGCGUCUGCCUUUGAGAGACUAUCCAUAGUGGACACUGUUGGCAGCAUAAAGGCCUUUUUUGGCUUUAGACAGUGACUGCCAGCUAUUUUUACUAGAACACAGAAAGCCUAUCAAAGACCUUUUGCGUGUGUGUAUGUGUGUGCGUGCGUGUGUGUGUAUGCCUGAGUGUGUUUGCUGUGUGGGUGGAUAUAAAUAUAUAUAAAUAUAUAUAAAUAAAUAUAUAUAUAUCCUCUGUA